AUGGUGGCCGUCACAGAAUUCCAGAAGAUUGGCAUUGGUCUGAUGGGAUUCGGUGGAUUUUUCCUGCUCUUUGGUGUGCUGCUGUAUUUUGACUCUGUGUUGCUGGGCUUUGGGAAUAUUCUGUUUCUGACUGGUUUGACGUUCAUUAUCGGCUUCAAAAGGACAGCCCACUUCUUCUUCAAAAGACAAAAGUUUCGGGGUUCUUUGUUUUUCCUGGGAGGUGUGUCUCUGGUGCUGUGCCGUUGGCCAAUCAUUGGAAUGCUGGUGGAGAGUUAUGGCUUUGUGCUUCUAUUCAGGUCUUUCUUCCCCAUGGCCUUGGGAUUUUUGCUGUCAGCUGUGAAUAUCCCUUUCCUCAGUGCAUUUUUCCCCAGCAGCUCCUCCAUGGUCUGA